AUGAGGUUAGUGACGGUUUUAGUGGCUAGUCUGGCAGUGGUUAGUGCAUUGGAUUAUGAUCAGGGUAAGUUGAGUUUGUAUAGCGUUAAUUUUAUUUAAAGUAAUUAAAAGUCAACUAUAUGGCAUUUCAGUAAUUGCACAGUAAUCAAGAGCAUUACACUUGCUUGUAAUACUCUCAACUUUCAAAUCAAAAUUUGAAAAUUUAUUGAUUUUUCAGAAACCAGCAAAGUGACGUUAUCAAUUGGCAAAGGAGCAAAAGUAGACAUAAAGUUUCAGUUGUCUACAAUUUAUGAAGACUUUUUGGUUUUUGGCCCUGAAUGUAAAGAUGCAGGCAGUUGUUCAACGGAAGGACACCCAGUAUAUGAUGCAGCGUAAGUUAUAUUUGCUUAAAAACUUUGAGUACUCAACGUUAAGAGCAGAGUACGUAAGUAAUGCUUGUUGGGAUGAACUAGAAUACGGCAGGGUGUGGUAGAGUAAAGUAAGGUAAGGUAGGUAAAGUCAAUCUUUCGAAUAAAUUUUAUUUUGUUUUUUAACCAGUCUAUUUCAGAAAAGACAAAGUGACGUUAGAAGAUGGCAAAGCAAAGUUUAAUACGUUCAACACAAAGCUGGCAAAAGAUGUUGAAGUUGACGUAAGUUACGAUACAAAAAUCAUUUUCAGGAUCUUUCUACCAUACUAAACUUAAUAAUUCAUGUAUUACAAAUUACAUAAAUUAAAUUAAAAAAAGUUAAAUGUACUAUAAUAUUUCAGACGGGAGAUAAAACGAUCAAACAAGACAUCAGUGUUGUUGUAGGUGUUGUCAACGAUCAGUUUAAGCAAGAAUCAUUCCCUUUUGAAGGAGUCUUCGGGUUAAAAUCAGGCAAGGACAAACCGUUCGAUAAGCUUGUCUCGGCUUUGGACAAAAAACACUUGCUCAUCGUGCCGAAAUACCAAAAUGUAAGUUUCUUUACCAAUCUCCUCCCAUUAAAAUGACUAGCUCGAUACUGAAUAUUGCGUUCUUACUUUUAACAGUAAAAAUUUUUAAUUUGAAAAGUCAUUUCUUUAGGACACAAAAAGCAAACCUACACUUUUGUUGGGUGCUGAAUCAAAGAAGGCUUGUGGAGAGUUCAAGCUUGCUGAAUCAACUUCUGAUGUCUGGACUAACGACUAUGUGUAUGUUUGAAGAUUUGCGUUUAAUUCGCCCUGCCUUUGCCCUGCCUUUGGUCUGCCUUUGGCCUGUCUUUGGUCUGCCAUUGGCCUACCUUUGUCCUGCCUUUGCCCUGCCUUUGGCCAGCUUUUUCUGGGCCUUUAAUUAUUCUAUUUUUUAAAUUAUACAACUAUUUUCAGCCGCAAAAUAAACGACUUGGACACCACUUUCAAAAUUGCGCCGUCCUUGGACAAAGUGUACGCAGUUAGUACCAACGGGCUUUUGCUCUUUGGUAAACAGGUGCUAAGCGAAAACGAGUACAAUAACUUGCUGAAAUACAAGGUUACAUAUGGAGGUGUUGAAAUUGAAAUCAAUCCCCAAGAUGCCUACGAACUACAAAAAGACAAAAACUAUGAACUUCAAGUAAUGAUAGCAGAUGGCAAAGGCUUCGAUUUGGCUUUGCCAAACUCGUACUUUGACAACUACUGUGUGAAGCUUGCAAAAGAUGGUGACAAAUACAUGGUAGGAUUGGCCGAACGACAAAAUGGAGUUGGCUUAGCGGCUAUGAGUUUAGCUACAUUGAUGGGAAUGUUUGCUUUGUUACGGUUGUAA